ACGCUAGCGGUGGGGGAAGAAGGAGCCAGAGAGACCUGAACUGCAAGGGGACCCCACAUGGGAUGGUUCAGGGGAGCAGCAGGACAGCCAGGCCCCUGCCAGCACCCGCCUGCGGUCUCUCACCUGGUCCCCAUUGCAAUGCCUCCUGGCAGGACAGAGCCGCUGACUUCUGUCCCAUAAGAGCUGUGUGCAAGGUGGGCCCUUGUCUGUGUCGCCAGCUGAAGACUGACCCAAGACUCGGGAAGAGAACUGGGUUGGAUCUGUUCUCAGUGUGGUCCAGAUCUGCCAUGUUGGCACCAGCUGGGAGUGUGUUAGCAAUGCCGACUCUCAGGCCCCCCAGGAACUCUGUUGGGGAUUCAGGUGCUUGCUGUUUGAGGACCACUGGAUUAGAUAUCAGCAAGGUCCUUCCCGAGUCUUUUCUCAGCUGUCCCCUUCUCGAGUUGCCUUGGCAUCUCUCAUCCUGGGUUCUGAAUCCUGGACUCCCCACUCUCAGGACACCCCAUGCCUCCUACUCAUGCUUUGCGGCACAGGCAAGGCCUCCAGAAAGAGCUGCGGGUGGGGCAUGGCCACUAACUGGGAAACCUUGGCCAUGGACAGGGAUUCUCUCUCCUUCUCAUUCUGAAAUCCUACGAUCUGGUGAACUGAGGUUCAUGCUCACUUUUUUUUUUUUUUUUUAA